CACAUGUUUUAGCAUUUAUUCGUUUUUAUUUCUUUUUAUGGGAGGUGCCUAUUUUUUUCUCAAGUGUUUUCCAAAAAGAGAAAGAGAUUAGGUUCUUCACACAACCUUGACUUUUCCAUAUUUUUAAUGUUAAAUUUACUACUUUAUGUAUAUAUAUCUCUAGGGUUACUAGCUAUAUACAUUGAAAGAUUAUUGAAAUUUUAUUAAAUAUAUACUCGUUAAUUUUCUUUUAAAAAAAAUUGAGAAAAAAAAACCCAACCCUCUUCCCCAUUUUUGCUUUCCUCAGAAAAUUUCUCACCUCUUUUCUUGGCUCCCUAAGAUGAGAUCUAUCCAAACUUAGCAAUAAAAGAGGAUGAAAAGAAAAAUCUCAUCCUUUGUGUGACUUUCCUUUUUUCGUUAGAUUUAAAGUUGGCCCCUUUUUCUAUUUUUGGAAACUUUACAUCUGGGUUUAAUCUCUGAUUAGAUCAACUAAAUUUUUAGUUUUUCUACUCAAAUCCAUAGUUUUCUCUACUGUGGUUUCCUUCUUCUCAGUUUUGCCAUAUACACAUAUAAAUAAUAGGUUAUUAAUUUGGAGGAUAAUAAAAAUGGUUAGGGGGAAAACUCAGAUGAAGCGAAUAGAAAAUGCAGCAAGCAGGCAAGUGACCUUUUCGAAGCGUAGAAAUGGCCUUUUGAAGAAGGCGUUUGAGUUAUCAGUUCUCUGUGAUGCUGAAGUUGCACUUAUAAUUUUCUCUCCAAGAGGAAAGCUCUAUGAAUUCGCAAGUUCUAGAUGCUUCAGCAUAAACAAGACCAUUGAGCGGUAUACUCAAAGGAGAACCAAGGAUGGUGGCAGCUGCCUCACCUCUAAUAAAACUAUUUCUGAAGAUGAUCAUCAUGAUCUACAGGCUGCUGUAAGUAAGGAAGAUUCCUUUAGCAUGGCAAAGAAAAUUGAUCAUCUUGAAGUUUCUAAAAUGAAGCUUUUGGGGGAUGGUUUGGAGUCAUGUUCCUUCCAAGAGCUACAUCAAAUAGAGAAUCAGUUGGAGAGAAGCUUAGCCAAAAUCAGGGCAAGAAAGAAUCAACUGUACAGGGAGCAGAUUGAGAAACUUAAGCAAGAGGAGAAAAGUCUACUGGAGCAUAAUGCUAAGCUGAGGCAACAGGUACAGUGUGGGAUGUUACAAAAAGUUAGCUCAGGAAGUGAAGAGAAGGAAGAUCAGGUGAUGGUGGUAGUAAAUAAUAAUAACAUUAAUGAUGAUGAUCAUCAUCGUCAUAACAUGGACGUGGAGACGGAGUUGUUCAUAGGCCUACCUGAAAGAAGAAAAUAGUAACCACAUAAUAUAUAUAUCAUCACCAAAUAAACACACCAAUAUAUUUAUAAUCUUUGCUUUUCUUCAUAUUUUUGUCACUUUUAUUUUUGCGGUGAUCAAAUAAUCAAAACGCAAUAAACACUUUCAAUUUCUCAUGAGAUAUAUGUGAUGCAAUAACUUGAAUAAUUACUGUCUGACAUGUUAUAUGGU